UCAGUGUGACUGAGGCACCGCGGGGAAUGAGAGGACAGUAUCUGGUCUGUAGAGGAGCAGCCAUUUAUUUGCAGAGGGCUCGCAGCGGGGCCUUAGUGCAUUAUGCGACUCCUGCUUGGCGGAUUACUCUGGGUGUCUGUGCAUCUGCUCAGCGCCUCAGUGUCAGCACAACCCUGCCUCAGCGAUGGCAACAGCACCCAGCUCUCACUCCCCCUCACUCAACUCUCAGUCCAGCGGGUGCCGAGGCCCUCUGAUGGCCUGGAGCCCCUGUACAACUUUGCUCGUGUUUUUCUUAAGGCUGUGCAGCCAAAUCCUUUCCCUGAAGAUAUUGUAUCUAAAGCCUUGAAGGAUGAACAACAAGACAUUCCCAGGCUGGUGCAGUACGAGGCGGGAUACGUGGUGUGUCUGAUCCUGGCAAUCUUCUACUUGCUGUUCAUGCCAAUAGCUGGUGGAGUUUUGCUCUGGCGGUAUUUUCACAGCCGGGAGGCAUGUAUAACCAGCAGCACGUCCACGCCACCAUCACGCUACUAUAUGGACAUUGGAGUGUCUGGAAGCCUCAUUCUCAUCACGCUCCUACUCCUGGUCGGGGUGAUUCUGGCUUUCAGCACCAACAGCACGACCCAAACCAACAUGAGACCCGGGCUCCAUCAUCUAGGCACUAAUGUCGGGAUCAUGGAGGACAGUCUAGAGUCAAUUCCUCUGAAAAUGGAAAGCAUUUUGGACAGGUACAACAUUCCCAAAGAGGAAAUCUCAAAAACAAUCCAGGAGGCCGACGAUACCAUUGGGGCAACAAUAGUUACAUCUUUCGGCAGUGAUGCCCAGGAGGCUCUCUUGGAUUUGUCCAUUGCUGUUGAAGAUGCUACUGGAACCAUCGAUCACCUGUCGAUAACUGAGAUGAGGAGAUUGUCCCUACAGAGGAGACACAGCCUCCUGCAGAAUGGACUGCAGAGGCUACAGUUCCGACUGGACAAUCUGCGGAGGUGCUCCACCUGUGAUGUUCCUGACUCUACUAACCUGGAGACUGAUGCUGACUACAGACUGAUCCCAAGUGCACAAGACAAAUUGGAUUCACUCCCGCCCAAAAGUGAUGUUGCUGGUCUUGCUGAACAGGGUGAGUCCAUGCUGCAGGGAAUUCCCCAGGCUUGCUCCGAACAGCUUGCACCGACAACAGCAGAUCUCCUGUUGGAACUGGAUAAGACCCAGGAGACGCUGAUGAACACCAGUCAGACUUUCCCAUCCCUGCAGUCCUUCACUGAAUUUGUCUCACAGCUGAGAGCCACCGUCUGGCAUUCUGAAGGACCGGUUUACCGCUACAGUUACAUUAGGUGGGCGGUAGCAGUGGCAUGCUGCUUUGUGAUACUGGUGAUAGUGCUGCUGUUGGUGGCGGCUCUGUCCCUGGGCCUGCCUGUGCUUUUCAACCCGACUAUCUAUUCCUCUUAUCCAAACACAAGACUGGAGCGAACAGCAGUCACACUGUUCCAAGUCUCUAUGAUUUUGACCUGCACCUUCUCUUGGCUUUGCAUCACUUUGGUCUUUGUCACUCUGUUCUUCGGAGGAAAUGCGUACAGCCUGGGCUGCCAGAGUUUCACCAGUGGCCAACUGUUUUCGUUCCUGGACAAGGAGGAGAGCCUUUUCAGCAGUCUCAACAUCAGUCAAGGCAGUGAAACCACGCAACCCAGCAUGUCAGCGCUCUACCAAGGCUGUAAGGAAGGACACUCCAUGUUCUACAGCAUGAACAUGAAUCAAACGUUUGACCUGGAGGACUUCCUUAAUACCACCAAGUAUCUAGAGGGAUUCAGAGGGGCUACGAAGGACAUGAGGAUCAAGGUCAGCGACAUGAGGCUGCUGCCCGAUGAAGGCAGACGAGGCCUGCAGGACUUCAGACAGAUUGGCUUGGAAAACUACGACUAUGACCUGGUGAUGCUGCUGCUCAGCAAGCCAGUGGUGAAGAGAAAUCUGUCUGCUUUGGCCGAAGAACUGGAUGAAAAAGCAGAGCUGCCUGAGAACGCUGUGAUUAAGAUCGACUUAAAACAAGAAGCAGUGGAAACCCGAUCCCUUCACAGCCUGGUGAUCCAGCAGAUGGCAGAUGCAGCAAACAUGAGUGCGAGCGUCAUGGCCUUAAAGAACAUAAGCCGAACGUACAAGGAUAAUGUUGACAAAGCGCUGACGAGCUGCAACCAAACUGACGCAGCAAUGCAGGCCCAGAUUCCAUACAUUGUGUCAAAUGUGUCCCAGUGUACCCUGGACAAAGCUGAGCGAUGUCUGCUGCGCUACCUGGACUGGGCCCGGGGUUCGAUCUUGGAUGGUGCUAUGGGAUGCGAUUGGCUUUCAGGAUCCAUGGACAAUGUGUAUACUGCAGUAUGCCUAAAUGUUAUUGAUCCAUGGAAUGCCUUCUGGCUGUGUUUGGGAUGGUGCUGUGUGUUCUUGGUUCCUGAAAUAGUCCUCAGCAUCUAUGUAGUAAAACGUCUGAGAGUAAACCUAAGCAAGCCAACUUUCAUUGGGAGAGACGUGUUCACGCUGACUGAUGUUCACCCAGAGAAGAAGCAGCACAUGGAGGAAAAACCUCCAGAAAACACCGCGUCCAACAUCUACAUGACUCUAGAGGACCUGCUGGACAUGAAUGCCAAAGCUGUAAAAACCAAAGAACAGUGUAAGGACACCUAGACAAACACUGAAAACACACACAGAGGCUGUGUGACUUAAGACUUAGGAGCUCCAAUGGUUGCCAUGGUGAGGAGCCAGAAAUAGAUAAAACUGAACACCCAAAAUGUUAUACCAUAGGGUCUAUAUGUUGUUUAAGCUAUUUUUAACUAAAGCAGUCAUGUUAAUGCCUGGAUAUCUAAUUUUUACAAAUAUUUUGCACAAUGUCAAUAGAUAAGUCAUACAUGGGUGGGAUAUAAUUUAUAGCUCUGUUGAACUGUUGAUAUUUAACUUAUAUAUCAAGUGACAUUCUGUUGAAUAACCAUGAGGUUUAUCAAGUAUAAGAUAUUUAUGCAAAGGGGAAAACAUGUUUUUCACAACUACAUAUCCAUUUGUUGAAGUUGUUGCAUCUUCUUUUAAAAGACAAAUUACAGGACACAAGUUGGAAAAUAUUUGUUUGUGGAUUAAGGAUUGUGAGAAGGAUUUGUCACGUUUGUCAUACUUUUCAAAUGUAUUGAUUUUUUCUUCUUGGACAAGCAGACAUUUAUAUUUGGAAUCUUCUUUGUAAACUCCCGAUACGCUGGAUUUGUUAAAGGAACUGUAUCUUUCCCUUUAAAACACCAACAUAUCUCACACAAUGUGAAAAUGAAGCAGACUGAAUUUAUUAUUAUAAUAAAUCUAUCUACUCAUCAACUA